AUGUUGUGUCAUGCAUGCGACUACGUUGAAACUGUGCCGGAUGUCUCGCCAGGCGCACGAAAAAUCAAAAAGCUGUUUAAGAGAUGCUGGCCGAACCGCCCAGUAUCCGGAAAAAUCUAUCGAUGUCAUACCGCAUCUAGAGCGCUGUUGCUCGUCAAUCACUUCGUGAUCACAUUGCCGCUUAUCGAGCUUCCGGCCGAUCUGAUCGACGCGGUGAUAGAAAAAGCUGGCAUCCUCGAGCUGUUGCUUCUUUGGCGUACCAAUCGGCAACUUCGAGAUCGACUGAAAGCCCGAGGUCUAUUCCCUGGUCGCGUCGCCGAUUAUCAUGUCUGCGGAAAAGUGGUGGAAACCGACGAAAAUGCGAGGGCAGGAGUCUCAGAGAUCACUGUCUCCGAAUUGUCGAUACAAAUACAGGACAGCUUCGGCACCGCUAUACAGUUCGCCAACUAUCACCCAGUGAUGAUUGUUACGCAAACUGAUCCUCCUCUGUCUGGCCUGGACCUGCGCAAAUGGAAAUCGGCGAGAACCUGCUUUCGCCGAGAAAUGGAAGCCCCGGAUGUUAGUUUCGCCCAUUACUUCCCAUUCCUAACCAGGAUCCGCCAACCCCGCUACGCCAGGUGUCGCUUUCCUGCCACAUAUCAGACGUAUUCCAGUGAGAGCAUGGCUAUGCCGUUGCAAGGCUCCGCUAUGGUCCACAGAUCGACAGGGGUUGGUUGCCUGUUUGAAGCCUUCACUGGCGUGCAAGGCGCUACAUUUCUCGUCGAUUGCCUGAAAACUUUAAUCAAACUUAAACAGCACUUGAAGGCUAAGGCGGAAAGGCUAAACCUAAAUCAGGCGCUUCGUAUCCUGGAAGAAGCCGAUCGACAAGCAGACGGAUUUCCAAAGCCAGGGGUGAUCACCGACAUGCUCGGGCAGCUAGAAGAAAUGCUGCAACCCUCUGGGAAUUUUGCAAACGAUUUCACGGAAUUGAUCAUUCACCAUAUAAAGUUUAAAUCGAUGCCUGCACUAAUUCGAGCGAUCGCAGAGCGCCCGGAAGUGUCAGGACGGUAUUAUGGGCUAGUAGGACAAUUUCACAUGGACAGCGCCCGUUCUCCGGAACCCCAGCUGGCAGUGGGCGCCGAGCUCCACGAAAUCUUCCGUCAUGCGUGUGACGAUAUCGAAUUGCUGGCUGAUGACGACGCAGAGGCGGGAAGGCAGCAUCGUUUGUUACGAAAACGAUGGCCGAAACUUACGGAGCAUCCAGGCAAAGUCUACAAAUGCCGAGCCGCACAUCGAGAUUUGCUGUUCAUCAAUCGUUUCCGGAUGAUCGCUUCGUCUGGGCCGGACGUUGUCGCCCUCAGUGUUCAUAUUUUUGACCUU